AGCGCGCCCCGCCCCCGCCGCUAGAUCCGCUGCUGCUGCCGCGGCGGGCGGACUUGCAGGAGGUAGCGGCGGCGGCGGCCGAGGCCGAGGGAAGAUGGCGGACGGUGUGGACCACAUAGACAUUUACGCGGAUGUGGGCGAAGAGUUCAACCAGGAAGCUGAAUAUGGUGGGCAUGAUCAGAUAGAUUUGUAUGAUGAUGUCAUCUCUCCAUCUGCAAAUAAUGGAGAUGCCCCAGAAGAUCGGGAUUACAUGGAUACUCUCCCACCAACUGUUGGUGAUGAUGUGGGUAAAGGAGCAGCACCAAAUGUUGUCUAUACGUAUACUGGAAAGAGAAUUGCAUUAUAUAUUGGAAAUCUAACAUGGUGGACAACAGAUGAAGACUUAACUGAAGCAGUUCAUUCUUUGGGAGUAAAUGAUAUUUUGGAGAUAAAAUUUUUUGAAAAUCGGGCAAAUGGCCAGUCAAAGGGGUUUGCCCUUGUUGGUGUUGGAUCUGAAGCAUCCUCAAAAAAGUUAAUGGAUCUGUUGCCUAAAAGAGAACUUCAUGGUCAGAAUCCUGUUGUAACUCCAUGCAAUAAACAGUUCCUGAGUCAAUUUGAAAUGCAGUCCAGGAAAACUACACAGUCAGGACAAAUGUCUGGGGAAGGUAAAGCUGGUCCUCCGGGAGGCAGUUCACGUGCAGCCUUUCCACAAGGUGGUAGAGGACGGGCCCGUUUUCCAGGGGCUGUUCCUGGUGGGGACAGAUUUCCUGGGCCAGCAGGACCAGGAGGGCCACCUCCACCUUUUCCAGGAAAUUUGAUCAAGCAUCUUGUUAAAGGAACUCGGCCUUUGUUCCUGGAAACUAGGAUUCCAUGGCAUAUGGGGCACAGCAUAGAGGAAAUACCCAUUUUUGGCCUAAAAGCUGGACAGACUCCACCACGUCCACCCUUAGGUCCUCCAGGACCACCCGGUCCACCAGGUCCUCCACCUCCUGGUCAGGUUCUGCCUCCUCCUUUAGCUGGGCCUCCUAAUCGAGGAGAUCGCCCUCCACCACCAGUUCUUUUUCCUGGACAACCUUUUGGGCAGCCUCCAUUGGGUCCGCUUCCUCCUGGUCCUCCACCUCCAGUUCCAGGCUACGGCCCCCCUCCUGGUCCACCACCUCCACAACAAGGACCACCUCCACCUCCAGGCCCCUUUCCACCUCGCCCACCUGGCCCUCUUGGGCCACCCCUUACACUCGCUCCUCCGCCGCAUCUUCCUGGACCACCUCCAGGUGCCCCACCACCAGCUCCACAUGUGAACCCCGCUUUCUUUCCUCCACCAACUAACAGCGGCAUGCCUACAUCAGAUAGCCGGGGUCCACCACCAACGGACCCAUAUGGCCGGCCUCCACCAUAUGAUAGGGGUGACUAUGGGCCUCCUGGAAGGGAAAUGGAUACUGCAAGAACACCAUUGAGUGAAGCUGAGUUUGAAGAAAUCAUGAAUAGAAACAGGGCAAUCUCAAGCAGUGCUAUUUCAAGAGCUGUGUCUGAUGCCAGUGCUGGUGAUUAUGGGAGUGCUAUUGAGACAUUGGUAACUGCAAUUUCUUUAAUUAAACAAUCCAAAGUAUCUGCUGAUGAUCGUUGCAAAGUUCUUAUUAGCUCUUUGCAAGAUUGCCUUCAUGGAAUUGAAUCCAAGUCUUACGGUUCUGGAUCAAGAAGACGUGAACGAUCAAGAGAAAGGGAUCAUAGUAGAUCACGAGAAAAGAGUCGGCGUCAUAAAUCCCGCAGUAGAGAUCGUCAUGAUGAUUAUUACAGAGAGAGAAGCAGAGAACGAGAGAGACACCGGGACCGGGACCGGGACCGUGAUCGAGAGCGCGACCGAGAGCGCGAGUAUCGUCAUCGUUAGAAGAAAAGACACUUUUCCUGCCAUCUGGGUUUUGUUUUUAAAAGAAAAGAAACAGUAUUCUUUAAUUUGCAAAGAAGAUAAGAAAGUUACUCAAUUAAAAUGGAUUCAGGGUAUUCCAUAUAGAGAAUUUUAAAUUGUAUCAAAUCAUACAUCCCAGGUUAGAAUAACCUUGAAAUAAUUUUCUUUGAUGUUUCAUUCAUAAACCAUAAUCAUUGUCUUUUAUUUCUGUAUUUUAAAACUAUUGUGUACAUUUUUCAUAAAGCGGGAAGAGUUGUCUGUUUAUACUUCAUUUUCACGUGUAAUUUUAUUUUUAUAUUUGUGAACAGCGUUUAUUCAUGUGAAAAGUGGGGAGAGGGCACUAUAAGGCUUGUGCAUGUGACACAAAGGUUAUUCUGUAAACAGAUUUUUUUUUCCUUCAUAUGUGGUGGCAUAUCCAAAAUAAAUUAGGCUAAAACAAACCCCUUAUUGGUAAUUACUCUUUACAUGAUUAUUUUCCAUAAAUAAAAUUGGGAAAUAUUGAAAAUUCAGUUAUGGUAAUUGUUAGUAUUUAAAUUGUUAUGGGCAAAAUCAAAGGCUUGUAUGUAAUUCUGUGACAAAAUAACAGUUUCUUUAAAGUAGAUAUAUUUUAGCAAACAAGAUCCUUUUUAAGUAAUAUUACUUAGAAAAUAAGCAUGUAAGUCUUAUUUUUAUGGUACACAAAUUACCUAUUACAUUAUUUACAGUUUUAAGGGCUUUUUGAAGUAAAAAGGCAAGUUUUAAUACUUCUCCUUGCAUUUUGAAUAUGCAUCUUGAAUAUAUAUCAAAACCUUAAUUUUAAAAUAGUUCUCCAUGUACUGUAUUAUAGAACUUAAUAUAAAUAAUCCUCAAACAUUAUUUUAAUAUGAGGCAAAACUUUUUAUUUUUAAAACUAAGCUUAUUGAAAUUGAUACUGUUUUUGGAUGUAAGAACUGAAUGUUGUGUCAUGUAAGACUAAAUGCUAAAUUUUAAAGAUGUAGCCCUCCGCCUCUCCCACUCCCGCCCACCCCACCCCCCAGCUGAAUAGAUCUGAUCCCAUCUUAUGAAAAAAGUCUGUGUCCAUCAGUGCUUAAGGUGAAUUGUGGCCAACUUAGGGAAAUGCUUAACGUGUAUCAGCCAUUUCAUUUGAAGUAAGAUACAGGUCCUUCAAGUUAUAUUUUUAUUUAGACUUUGUCAGUUAUCAGCAAGCUUCUAGUUACUGAAGUCAUGAUAAUGGAACUUGCAUACAUUUUCAGUCAUCUCCAAGAUUGGAUAUGCCCAUCAAGGGCAUUCUGAACCAGUUUAUACCCAAAGUUAAUUAACAAGUCUUCUUAACGGUUUUAGCAUAGUUAAGUAAACUUCUGAAAGGUCCAUUGUUAAUUUUAAAUACUUUGAAUUAACAUUACAUUCCGGUAAUGGGUACACCUAACUAUAUCAUGGUUUGAGUUUCAUUACAUUCAGACAUUAACUAUGAAUUCCUAACUUGCAAACUAUUGUUGACAUUUUUUCUUAAUCACUGAUGUGUACCAUACCAAAAUCCCCAUGUUUUGUUUGUGCAUUAAUCAGAAUUGAGUUGUAAUAUUGUUAUGUGCCUUCAUCCAAGCAAAAUUUUACUUAAGCAUUUCCAGUGCAAAAAAUUCUGUUAUCCUGGAAUAUUGUACCUUUGCUAUACCAAACAGUAUUUAUUGUGAACAUAGACGUGAAUAAAUGGGAAGGGACUUGGAUUAAAUAUAUCUGAGUGAAAAACUUUUUUGAGCAAAUAAAAAAUAUCUGCACAUUUAAUCACCAUCAUAAUGAGGUCUAUUGACCUUUUUUAGAAGUUUUAAAAUAUGAGUCCUUUUGAACUUUUAUGUAAACCUUAAAUGGACUGAAUGGAAUAAGAGUAACUUGGAAGCUAAAGUGAAUGUCAGUAGUAAGUCUGUAUACAAAUAAAACAAUAAUGUAAUCUAUUAUUAAAGUGAUGAUGAAUGGCUAAAAGGGCGAGUUCUUAAUUUAACUGGAAACUUAAAUGAUGUUGGCAAGCUGUUAAUGUCUGUCCCAUCUUAAUUUUUUUGUGUGUUUGAAUUGUUGGUAAUGUUAAUUACAUUCUCUCAUUUAAAAAAUGUAUUAGUUUUUCUAAAAGCAUUUAAUAUCUAAGUUCAAAUAUAUAAUAUUUUAAUGGGAAUAUCGGUAUUGUAAAUUUCAGCAUGUAAAUAUAUUGUGCUUCAUAUUCUGUAAUUUCUGCCUCUAUUCUCAGACCACUCUGAGCAAAACAAAAGUAGUUCAGUGUUUUAAGAUUAUAUGCUUUUUACAGAAAUAAUUUUGUUUUCAUAGUUUUCUUUUGUGUUCCUCUUACUAUUUGCUGGGAACAACCCUACUCAGCAGAUUUCUGUUAACAGUUCCACUUUUCUUUGUAUACUGAAGAGUAAUGAAAUGAAAUUAUUUUUUUAAAUACUCUUUAUUCAUGCUUUUUCUCUCUCUGACACAUGAUGUUUUACACAUUCUCAAAUCAUUAUCCAUUCCUUUGAUAGAUUUUAAGCAUCAUGUAUGGGGUAUAGGUUAAGUAACUAUACUUUCCUUUGCUGUAUGAUUACUUUUCUCCUAUCACAAAUACCAUGAUCUUAUAUUUUGUUGUCAUUGCACAGAAUUUAGGGUGUUUUGCAUCCCUUAUUCAGUUUAUAGCUUUGCAUUAAUUUUGGGGGGAAAAAAAAGCCAAAAGAAUCAAAAGUUCUUGCAUAAGUGUUAAGAUGGUUUUAUCUCCUCAAGAGUUAGUGUUACUUUGAGUCUUAUGUGAAAAUUAAAUUCUUCUAAUUAUCUGAUGAAUGAUACUGGUGGUAAUGAGAUUUAAAAAUUAUUUCUGCAACUCUUAAGUCAUCUGAGAUCUGACUAAUACUGUCCAGCCCUGUGUUUAUGGUUUCCCCAUAUAUCCUAACUGCUUCAUCUGGAUAUGCCAGCUCUCACUUUUUUCGCUCUAAUUUUCCUUGCUUUUAGUGUUAUUUGCAAAACCUGCCUGACUACACAGUUGUGUUAAUUAAAGUGAGAAGAGGGUAAGAAGUGAUCCUAGAAUGGAUGUAUAGUGUGUGUUUUGCUCACUGUGGUUUAAGAAUACGGUUUUGUUUACAAAUGAUUAAUGUUCCCUGUUUAAAAAAAAAAAAAUCAGUGCCAAUGUGAGUCACCUUGAUCUCUCACCUUCAUCUCAGUGUGAAAUUUAUUACCAUUGUUUUAGCUUGUAAAUUAGAUUGUUUGAAUAAAUAAUGAUUUGAAUGAAUAGUUAGCAUUGUUUAAAGGAAAUCUAAUAACCAAAAAAGGAGUAAGGGUGUCACAUAUGCUGUCCAAAUUUACUAAUUUGCCUUGGUGGUAGCAUGUUUUAACUCUCACAGUGAAAUCUAAAUCACACAGCAGCUUAUUUUGAAAUGUCCAUUUUGUCAAAUUUUUGGGGCAAAGCUGGGUAUUCUUUAACUGUGAAGUUUAUUUCUACUAUUUAGUGAACUGCCUAGAGCAACAAUCCUGUAUAUGUUUUAUAGUGUAAUGAAAUGCGUUAGUUAAAAUGAGGUAAGUACUAUCUGCAGAGGUGCAAAGAUGAAAGUACGAAAUGUUUUGGUAGUAAGGGAGUUUUUUGUAAACAUCUACAACAAACAGGAUUUUGUGUAGUAUGUUCUAGUCAAUGCAAGAAGGGAUUUUGAUUUUGAAGAGUUCACUUGUAUUUAGAUACUUCUAGUUCUUUUGCCCACUUCAUCUCCUUUCCUCUCAUUAAGAAAAAAGUGAAUUUUAUUAUACUGCGUUAAUAAAAGUAUAUCUCUAAAAUUAUAUUAGAAUCCUUUAAUUCAGUGUAUUAAUGUGAAAACCUGUAAAAGAUCCAUAUCUAAUAUAUAUUUGAAUCUUUUACUUGAAAGGUGAAUUAACUGAUACCAAUAAAUUUGCUUGGAUAAGUUUUCUAACAGAAACACUCGUAAUUUGAGUUGUUAGUAUUGACUGGAUCUUGCAUUAUCUCAAAAUGCAGGUGCUUCUCUGUAUUGAAAUUUUAACUUAGUGCUCGCUUUAUAUACUUCAUUAAAGAGCCAUAGAUUGUCUGUCUUAGUUUUUUUAACAACUGCUUACAUAGAUCUUCCUUCUAUAACUGAUAGCUAAAGCAAGAAAUUGUGUGGCUUUGACAUUAUAGAUUUGACCACAUGGUAUUCUGAAAACAUGACCGUUGAAUGUAUUUGUCACUUUAAGCUUCUUUUUGAUAUCUUUGUUCAUGUAGAUUUCUACUUAGAAACUUGAGACUAUAAUAUGGAAUUGGGUUAUUGGAAAUGGGUUGUAUUGCCUUCAAAUUUGCUUUUUCUUUUUUUUUUUUUUAAGAUUGUAAAAUUUUGUAUUUCCAAAUGGAUAAAUGUAAAGUGUUUAGAAAUAGAAAUAAAAACUGUCAGAUUAUCCCCCAGAUUUUGUCUGUAUGGUGAAAAUUAGAGACUUAUUAAUAGUAAAGAUCUAUCUAUAAGGCAAAAGAUAAGUGCAUUCAUCCUAAAGAUAUGUGUUGUAAUUUCACAAGCAGGAUUCUUUACCUAAAAUGUAGUAAAAAUUCUCCAUUGGAGUGAUACAAAAUUGCAGUGUAUGCUAUGUUUUUUGGAAGGGUUGGGUAUUUUUGUUUUGCUCACUGUGACUUAACUUUUCCCUCUUAUUUAAAUCCCUUCCAGCAUGACAAAAUAAUUAGGGAGAUAACAUCCUUUUGCAAUAAGAUUUAUGAAUUUCCCAUUAAUCUAUUUUUUCAGAUUAGAACAUAUGCCUUGUCUCUCUUUAAUACUUCAAUGCCAGUUUUUUUAAGUAUAUUGCAAAGUAGUAAAGAUAAAAUGUGUGAAAACUACCUUUCUAGAUUUUUUUCCAUGAAAUAAUUCCACCAAAAGCUUUAUCAGCAUAAGAUAGAAUACAAUGAAAGGUAACAUUAGAAAUGGCUUAAGUAUCUAUUUGAAAAAUAUGGGCAAAUUAAAAACUAUUUAAAAGUCCAGGAUUAUAACAUCUGCUUUUUCCUUUUGUAGUUGUAAAAUUUAAUUUUUUCUGCUAGGCAUUGUGAAUGCAUAUGUGUACUGUUGCUCUUAAGAUGCUUAUACCCUAAUUGAGGAGGAAAGGACAUAGAAGAAAAUUUAUAGUUGUGACAAUAUUAAUUACUCUUAAUUGUAGAGCAAAAAGUAUUUUUCAGUUACUUUUAUGGAAGACUAUCACUAAACAUUGUGCCCUUUUGCCUCUUACAUCAUAUUAUUGAAACACUCUCUGGGAAUUUAUAUUUUAAAUAUCUGGUGUUUCAAGUGAUCACCUAUAUCCACGUUAAUUGAAUGUUUCUUUUGUGAACCUCUACCUGAAGUUUGCAUAUUUAUGUAUUCCUGAAAUUUUAGGUUAUCUCAUUUAUUGGGGUUUUUUUUCUUUAUGUGAGUUUUCAAUGAAAUUUAUCAUUGUAGGUUCCCAUUUAGCUUAUUUUGGCUUAGUUUAUAUACUUACAUUAGAUAUUUCAGUGUAGGUGGAAUAGAGGGACGGUAAUGUUAUAAAUUUGUAUAUGUCUAAAGAUUUGUACGUGGAUGUCAUUAUAUUUAUUUAAAUGUGCAUACUGAGCUUAUAUUUAUAAAUUUUGUAACAUGGAGGACCGUUUGAUUUAUAACAUUUGCAGAAGUUCCUGUAUGUCAAAUAAAUACAACUAAUUUGUAAAAUAAUUUAUUGCAUUUAUAUUCAGUUCUCAUUUAAUUGUUUAUGAGUUAUAUAGAAUUUAUGUGGAUGAAUGAAAAUAUUUACAUUAAAAUCAUCCAAGCGUUUUUCCAUUUAUUUUUGUAGUACGCAUACUUUAGAAAAUGACUUAUAAAUGUUUCCAUCUUCACAGAAACAGUAGCUGCUACAUUUUCAUUUGUUUCAGUCAUUAAAUUUAUAAGGCAAUACUAUUUAAGAAGAAUGAAAUCAGAAUGUCUCAGUUUUAAUCAUCACAUAAAUUUGGGAGCGUUUCUCCAUCGCAAAGGCAGCUACUGUUUCAGUUAAUUCUUAUUUUGUGUUAGAAUACAUAACAGUGUAGAUGCACGACUUGUGUAUGUAUAGUUAAGCCAGCAUUUUUCUGUGUAUUAUGGGGAAUAGCAAAAUCUACAUCAUAAAUUUUGACACA